AUGGGCAUGUUUCUGAUGAUUCGGCGCCACAAAACCACCAUCUUCACUGACGCCAAGGAGUCGAGUACCGUGUAUGAGCUGAAGCGCAUCGUCGAGGGCAUCCUUAAGCGGCCACCAGACGAGCAGCGUCUGUACAAGGAUGACCAGCUCCUGGAGGAUGCCAAGACUCUGGGCGAGUAUGGCUUCACCAGUCAAACAGCAAGACCCCAGGCUCCGGCCACAGUGGGGCUGGCCUUCCGGUCAGCCAUAGAUGACACAUUUGAGGCCCUCCGCAUUGAACCAUUCUCCAGCCCGCCGGAGCUGCCAGACGUGAUGAAGCCACAGGAUUCAGGAAGCAGCGCCAAUGAACAGGCUGUACAGUGA